AUGCGGCUGCUGACUAUCAAUGCUGUUCUCAAUCAUGCUGAAGAGAAGCAGGUAGAUGAUGAAAAUGUCAAAGAUUGGCUUGAUGAGGUCAAUUUUUCUGUUUAUGAUGCCGAGGACCUAUUGGAAGAGAUUGCCUUUGAUGCCAUUGAAUCAAAGAACGGCAUGAAUCUGGUACGAAACAGCAUCUACAAUGCUUUACAUCUUAGUGAUUCAACUAAAGAGUCCAUAGAUUUCAAAAUAUCUGAUACAAUAGAUACUUUAAAUCCAUUGGCUGUUCACUCGGAGUCAAAACUGAAGAGCAUGAUUGGAAGAUUAGAUGAUAUUGUGAAGCAAAAAGACGUUCUUAAUUUGCGAGAGGAUGUUGGAGGAAAAUUGGUGAUCUAUGAUAGACCGCCAACAACUCCUUUGGUAAACCGAUUUGAUCAUGUUUAUGGUAGGAAGAAUGAUGAGGAGAAGAUACUUGAGCUGCUUACUCACGAAGAAAGUACUGAUGACAGGUUUCUUGUCAUUCCAAUUGUUGGAAUGGGUGGUAUUGGCAAGACAACACUCGCACGAAUUGUGUUCAACCACAAAAAAACCAUAGGGCUUUUUAAUCUGAAAGCUUGGGCAUGUGUGUCUGAUGAAUUUGAUGUGAUGAAAAUAACAAAAACACUGGUUGAGUCAGCUACUAAGAAUACCUGUGAUUUAAACAAUCUGGAAUUGCUUCAAGAAAAAUUGGUGGAGAAAUUGGAGGGGAAGAAAUUUUUAAUUGUUUUGGAUGAUGUAUGGAAUGAAAAACCUGGGUUGUGGGAUGUCCUGCAGGUUCCUUUUGGAGUUGGAGCACCUGGAAGUUGUGUUAUAGUUACGACACGCAAUGAAAGUGUGGCAUCAAUUAUGGGUACUGUACCAUUUUAUCAUUUGAGGGAGUUGUCUGAAGAUGAUUCUCUGUCUCUGUUAGAAGAUGUUGCCUUUCCGAAUAAAAAUUCACAUGCAUAUCCAGGACUUAAAAAAAUUGGGAAAGAAAUUGCCAUGAAGUGCAAAGGUUUGCCUUUGGCAGCAAGGGCACUUGGGGGCCUCAUACGCUCUAAGCUGGAUGAGGGUCAUUGGAAUGAUAUCCUAUACAGCAAUAUGUGGGAUAACCUUAAUGCAGACAUUCUUCCAGCACUAAGAUUAAGCUACCAUUACCUCCCUGCACCUCUGAAGAAGUGUUUUGCUUAUUGCUCAAUGUUCCCAAAGGAUCAUGAAUUUGAGAUGGAAAAACUAGUCUUCUUAUGGAUGGCUGAGGGUUUUGUGCAGGAGCCAGAAGGAAAUCAAAUGAUUGAAGAUGUGGGCCGAAAUUACUUUAAUGGCCUGUUAUCAAGGUCAUUUUUCCAACAAUGUAGUGAUGAUGGAUCCAGAUUCUUGAUGCACGAUCUUAUCCACGAUCUAGCACAAUACGUCUUUGGCAAAAUAUGCCUUACACUUGAGGAUCGCAAUGAGGUCAUUAAGCAGUACAAUGUGCCCGCUAAGGUGCGUCAUUUGUCAUUUAUCAGAGGCUCCGAUGUUACGUUUGUCAAGCUCAAAUCAAUUAGCAAUGCCAAGUGUCUACGCACCUUCCUACCAUUAGAUCGGUCACUUGGUUUCAGAAGGUAUGGCAUAUCACGGACUGAGUCAAGUAUUGGAGAGUUCAAGGACUUGAUGCAUCUAAAAGGGUCACUUUCCAUUUCAGGAUUGCAGAGAAGUAAAAUUAAUGAAGCAAUUGAGGCCAAAUUGGAAGUCAAAGAGCACCUUGAAGAGUUAACUUUAGAAUGGACUAGUAGGUUUGAUGAUAGCCGAAUAGGAACUAUGGAAGAAGAAGUACUUGACGCUCUAGAACCUCAUAAAAACUUGAAAAAACUCGUAAUAAAAGAUUAUGGUGGGAAAAAAUUUCCAGGUUGGUUUAGUGACCCUUCAUUCAAGAAAAUGACCAGCAUCCAUCUCUAUGGUUGUAAAAGGUGCAAGGCCUUGCCAUCAUUUGGUCAACUACCUUCACUCAAAGACCUAAUCAUUAAUGGAAUGGAUAGUUUAGAGGUUGUUGGCUCUGAGAUUUUUGGUGAUGAUUAUUUUCCAUCACUUGAGACCCUAAAGUUUGAGAACCUGAAAGAGUGGAAAGAAUGGUUAUCUUUUGAACGUGAAGCUGAAGGAUUUGCUAAACUCCGUGUGCUUACAUCCUGUGAAGAAUUAUCCACUUUCUCAAAACCUCCUUCUAUUCCCGAAGGUGCCUCUGGUUCAUUACCUGAAUACUCAGAAGCCAUAAACUUCCUUAAUCUCCGAGUGCUUAUCCUUGUAGGUUGUUCCAAUUUAAAUGAACUACCUACUUCCCUCCCUUCAUUGGAAGUACUUAAAAUAGAUGGGUGUAAUAAACUGGCUGGACUUUUAAUGCUUUCGCACCUGCGGAAUUUGGUCUUGAUGGAUUGCGAUGCGAAGUUACUUGGGUGUCUUGUUGAACUACAUUCAUUGAGAUCAUUGGAAAUUCAAAAUAUUUCAAAAUUUACAUUCUUAACACCGGGGUUCAUACAGCAAUCUUCUAAACUAGAAGAGUUAAAGAUUUUUCAUUGCAAGGAUCUUGAGGUUUUGACAAAUUGGCAGAUUGGAUUGGUGCGGCUUAUGUCUCUUAAACGUUUGACAAUUCUUCAAUGUCCCAAACUCACUGAUUUGCCCGAGGGAAAGAAGUUGCCACCUAUACUUGAAUACUUGGAUUUGAGGCAUUGUCAUAACUUGAAACAGCUGCCAUCUGAUCUAUGCAAUCUCAAGUCUCUGACGGAGUUCAGAGUCGAAGAAUGUAAAAUGCUCAAAUCAUUUCCACAUAGGGCCCUGCCAGGUACACUCAAACGUCUCGUGGUUCAAGGAUGUGAUGCUCUAAUGACUAUUCCAAUGGAACUCGUUGGUAACAAUAGCGCUCUUGAAUAUUUAGAAAUUGGAAGGUGUUCUUCUCUUGAAUCGUUCCUUGAGCAAUGUGAGUUCCCAACAACUCUCAUUCAUAUUAGGAUCAACAACUGUAAAAAGCUUAAACUCUUACCACAUGGGAUAAUGAGCGAGAACACAAAACUUGAGUAUUUUGAGGUGGACAAUUGUCCCGCUCUCGAGUCAUUUCCAGCCGGCCAGUUACCCAUGACUCUCAGGCGGCUUCAGAUCGGCAAUUGCAAUAUUGGUUCCCUGCCUGCGAAUCUUCUUAGCCUCAGGAAUCUCGAGCAAUUGCAAGUAUCUGGUUGUCCAAUUCUAGAAUACUUUCCUUCAGGUGCAUGGCGCAGCCUCAGUUUAAGACAGGUUGAAAUUAAGGAGUGUGAGAAUCUCAAGUCGCUUCCUGAUGGAAUCUACAACCUCACAAAUCUAAAAGAACUAAGUGUAGGUUAUUGUCCUAAUCUUGUAUCCAUAAAGAAGCAAGGAUUCCCUGUCAGUUUAAGAUUACUUGACAUUAGAGAGUGUGGAAACAUCAGUUCUCUGGAUGGGUGGAAGCUGCACAAACUGAAAUCCCUCAAUUUUUUUGCCCUUCGUGGAUUUCCUGGAUUUGUUUCAUUCUCGACCGUUUAUCUUCUUAAUCAAUCUAUUACUGAACUUCGACUUAUAGACUUACCAGACCUCGAAUCCCUAUCUGAGGCACUAGAAGUUCUCACGUUGCUCGAGACUCUUAUGAUUCUUCAGUGCAAGAAGCUGAAAGCUUUGCCAGAUAGUGUGGAGAACACUUCUAGCAUUGAACUCAUCGUUUAUGCUGCAAAAUCAUGUCAGGAUUCUCGGAUCUGA